AAAGCACUCCCUAUGGGGGGAGGGUUUGUUACCUGAUAGGUUCACAAUUUGUUUCAGAAAGGGGCCCUACAGGGAGGUUUUGGACGAGCUUUCCACAGUGCUAAUCACCAGUUUUAAGUUCCUUUUGCUUAGUGUGACUCUGUCCAGCCCACAAAGAGGAUAAGGAAGCUGCAAAAGUGGUGGCCAGGUAGAAAUGUCAACAAAACUAGUAAACUGUCUCAGCUACAGCAGUUCACCUCUUCAUAUGUGUGAGCCUGGACCUCAGAGAUCCUGCAGGAAUGUUUUGCUUUUGUAUUAUAUGUAACUUUGAGAAAGGCAUGGUACCCUUCAAAUCCUUGACUAGAAGCUGCUUUUUGCUCUCUGAGAUGAAGGAAGGCUGACUCAUGAAACACAUAAUUUUGGCUGAUGAAGUUAUCGGGCUUAAUCAGUUCUACCCCCUGGCAGGAUGACUUUAAACCUAAUCUCCUUGCUGUGCAAGGAUAUCACUGAAUUGUGGCUCCAGCUGAAGAAAAUUACAGAUGAAAUCAUGCAGCGAGAAACUAGUCUACUUUAUGCAGCAGAUAUUGCUGACCAGUUACAGAAGAAGUUUGCUUUCCUGUCAGGUGGCAGAGGAAAGAAUGGCUGCCCUGUUAUCACAUUCCCAGAUUAUCCGUCAUUCCCUGAAGUACCAGAGAAUGAAUUUCAAAAUGUUUUAAUGUACCUUACCAGCGUACCUCAUUUGCAAGAUGCUGGUAUAGAAUUUAUUCUGGUCAUAGACAGAAGACAAGACAAAUGGACGUCUGUAAAAGCAUCCUUGUUGCGGAUAGCGGGGUCAUUCCCAGGAAAUCUGCAGCAGGUGCUUAUACUACGGCCAACAGGGAUUUUUCACAGAGCACUCUCUGACAUUGCUUUCAGAUUCAACCGAGAUGAUUAUAAAAUGAAGGUACCGAUCAUAAUGCUGGGUUCAGCAUCAGAACUACAAAACUUCAUUGACAAAACUCAGCUGACCCAGGAUCUUGGAGGCACACUAGAUUAUUGCCAUGAUAAGUGGAUUUCUGAUCGCACUGCCAUUGAAGGCUUUGCUGUGAAGGUUAAGCAGACAGCCCAGAUGCUUCAGACCUUUGGGACAGAAUUGGCUGAAACUGAGCUGCCAAAUGAUGCUGAGUCAACCAUUGUGCUCCUUAAAAUGCACACGGACAAGAAAGAUAAGUUGAAGGAAGAUAUGAAGCUAGCCCUAAAGCAAGGAUAUGACAUCUUGGAAAGUAUUCAUGCACCAGUAAUCAAGAAUCCAGAGUAUAUAUUAAACCAAGAUCAGCUUGACAAUCAAACUACAGUGGAGAGGUUGCUGGCACAAUUGCAGGAAACGGACACUGCCUUUGAAGAGUUCUGGGUGAAGCACCAUCUGAAGCUUCAGCAGUGCCUGCAGCUGAGGCAUUUUGAACAUAAAUUUCGAGAGAUUAAGUCAUCACUGGACUCUACAUCUGAACAUCUGGCUUCCUUCUCAGACAUCGGUAACAGUACUUCACAUGUAGAGCACAUUUUGAUGGAUCUGUGCAGUUUUGAAGAGACCAGUCAGGAGCCAGUGGAAAAGGCCAGAGCUCUAGAACAUGAAGGAAAUCAGCUGAUUAAGAACAAUCACUAUGCAGUGGACUGCAUUCAACCCAAGUGCAAUGAAAUAAAAUCCAUCUAUGAAGGAUUCAUUAAUAAAAUGCUGGAAAAGAAGGCUCAUCUGCAAAGAUCCCUGGAGCUCCAUAUGAGUUUAGAAAAGGCAAUGAAGUGGUGUGAUGAUGGAAUUUACCUGCUGGCAUCACAGCCUGUCGAUAAGUGUCAGUCACAGGAGGGCGCAGAAACUGCUUUACAAGAGAUGGAGAAGUUCUUAGAAACUGGUGAAGAUUGGAAGUUGGAUGAAGUGACCAAAGUUGUGAAGGACUAUGAAAUGAUUUUAAACCAAGGACUGCUGGAACAUGUCCAAAAAGUUUUUCAGAAGCAGGCAAGUAUGCAGGAGAUGUUUGAGAAAAGACGCAUGAGUCUUAAGAAACUUGCAGCAAAACAAACAAGACCAGUUCAGCCUGUGGCACCCCGACCAGAGGCCAUCAAGUCUCCAACAGGUAUUCAUAGGUCACCUCCAUUCUGUUCUAGUCAAGAACCAAAUAAUUUACAUAGAAGAGUUAUCAAAAGGACAAAGUCAGAUGUAUGCGACAGCAGUGGUGGCAGUGUUUCUGAAGAUGAAGAAAACUUAGCAGUAUUGAGGAGACAUGUAAUGAAUGAGCUUCUUGAGACGGAGCGGGUGUAUGUAGAAGAACUGCUGUCUGUCUUAGAGGGGUAUGCUGUAGAAAUGGAAAAUCCCUUAAUGAUGCAUCUCAUCCCACUAGAACUUCAGAAUAAGAAAGAUAUUUUGUUUGGAAAUAUGGAGGAAAUUUAUCAUUUUCAUAACAGAAUAUUCCUGAAGGAACUGGAGCAUUAUACAGACUAUCCAGAGCUUGUGGGCAGAUGUUUUUUGGAAAAGAGAAAAGAUCUACAAAUUUACGAAAAAUAUUGCCAAAAUAAACCAAGGUCUGAAAGCUUGUGGAGACAAUUUGCAGACUGUGCCUUCUUUCAGGAAUGCCAGAAAAAAUUAGAACAUAAACUUCGCCUUGAUUCUUAUUUGUUGAAACCUGUACAGAGGAUAACAAAGUAUCAGUUGCUGCUCAAGGAGUUGCUGAAAUAUAGUAAAUACUGUGAAGGAGCUGAAGAUCUAGAGGAAGCCCUUAGAGCCAUACUUGGAAUCCUGAAAGCAGUCAAUGACUCCAUGCAUCAGAUCGCCAUCACAGGAUAUGAUGGGAAUAUCUGCGAGCUUGGUAAACUUUUGAUGCAAGGAUCAUUCAGUGUGUCCACAGAACAUAAAAAGGGCCAUUCAAAAGUGAAGGAUUUUGCACGCUUCAAACCUAUGCAAAGGCAUCUGUUUCUCUAUGAGAAGGCAGUGCUUUUCUGUAAAAAGAGAGAUGAAAAUGGAGAGGGUUAUGAAAAAGCACCGUCGUACAGCUACAAGCACUCCCUAAAUAUGGGUUCUGUUGGAAUUACUGAGACAGUGAAAGGUGACAGCAAAAAGUUUGAAAUCUGGUAUAAUGCAAGGGAGGAAGUUUAUAUUAUCCAGGCCCCUACACCUGAAGUGAAAACAGCAUGGGUAAAUGAAAUCCGAAAGGUGCUGACUUGUCAGUUACAAGCAUGCAGAGCUAGCCAACACAGGUCAUCAGAGCAAACUUAUACAGUUCCUUUAGCAACAUUAAGCGAUACCAGCCCCACAAAGAACCAUCAACGAAACCUCCGGAAGAUGGAAACCAGGAGUGCAGAAGGUUAUGUUAACACCCAGUCAUCCCAAAAAUACUUUGAAAAAAGCAGAGAUGAUGCAGUUACUAGUCCUAACUCUGAAGGCACUUCGCCAUCCAAAAAACGUUUUACACUGCAGGGCUUUACAAACCUCAAAAGCCAAAAAGACUCAUCAACUUCUCCAACUAAAAGUUGUACCCUACCAGCAUCCCUUCAGUCCAGACCAGCAUCUUCUACCAGCCCUAAAAGCAAAACAAAGCGACAUGAAGUAAAGAGUGAUCCAACACCAUUUGGUUUUAGAGGUAGUACAAUGUCUGUCUAG